CGUACAGUGAUACCAAAUUUUCUUUUCGUUUGUUCAAUAAUGAUGGUCAAAGCAUUUGCGUCAAGACUACUUAUCACCUUGUCCUGGGGAACGCUUCUUGCCAAUGCACUCGAAAUGCCCAACAUCAAAGACUGCCCUGCUUUACCCAGACGCUUGAGUGGACCAGAAAAUGUAACAGACCUUCGAGCAGAUGAUAUCAAAGUGGUUGCAGCUAUGGGUGACAGUAUCGUUGCUGGUGCAUUCAUGUUGGGCAUGAAUGCAGAAGAAGAGGGUUUGGACAUCAAUUCUUUCAGUGAGUCAAGAGGUGAAAGCUACGCAAUUGGUGGUAACAGCGAUGCGGUUACUUUGGCAAAGUUCAUCCAGCAUUACAGUCCUACUGUCCGAGGCGCAUCAAUCGGCUCGCGCUUCCCAACAACACCUUGCGUCGAUGACGACUGCUCGAUUUUAUCGUAUGAAUACCGGCCACUUCGUGACAGAUUGAAUGCUGCUAUUAGUGGAUCCAUGGCAAUCAACCUUGACAGACAGCUUGACUAUCUUAUUACACGCAUGAAGACGAUGAUUGGUGUCAACUUUCAUCGUGACUGGAAAAUGAUUACGAUUCAAGUCGGAAGUAAUGAUCAGUGCGCGUCUUGCGCCGGAGCUUUAGAUGUUUCGCCAGAAGCCUACGGAAACUAUGUUUCAGCUGCGCUAGAGCGUAUCCGAGACAACAUCCCUCGAGUCAUUGUUAACUUGCUGGGAACAUUCAAAGUUUCUCAAGUAUAUGCCAUCACGGAAGACGGGCCCGAAUAUUGCCGUCCUCAGAAUGAUGACCCGAAUACCAUUCUUAAUCGCGCUAUGUGCUCGUGUUUCCAGGGCGCUGAUUCGAAUCGCACUCAGAUGGAUACUUUAUCCGAAGGUUACAAUGCCAAACUGCAAGAAAUUUAUGAACAAUUCAAAUCUGAGCAGAGCGACACCUUUGCCGUUUCGUACAUGCCAGGCAACAUCAACAUAUUAGGUUUCCCAAUUGAAGCUUUGAGCAAUUUUGAUUGUUUUCACCCCAGUCUCAUAAACCAUCAAUGGAUUGCUAAGACCUCAUGGGAACUCCUUUUCGCAACAGAGGAAGAGCGACAAGCUACUUGGGAAUUCGAUGGCGAUAAGAGUGUUUAUUGCCCUACCGAGACUGAUAGAAUCAGAAUAAAUUAACGAUUCAGGCAUCAGUAGCACCCUUUUUUGUAGCUUAAUUAUUUAGUGACAUCUUGUAAUUCUAUUCUGUACUGUACCAUUCAUUUAGCUUAAUUCUUAUUAAAAUGCGACUACAUAACGAGAUGUGUGGCUAGUCACUGAUCGUGGUAGCAAGAAAAAUAGUAGUAUAAGAG